AUGAUGUCGACUGUUACGGGCGUAAAGGUAGUUGUAGGGCUGUGUUUGUGGAGCUUUUUCGUAGCGGGCGUAGCAACAACGACAGGGCCAAAGGCGAAGCGGAAGGCGAAGGAGCAGCAGCUGUUUGUCAAGACAAGGACACUAUCCGACAGGCCCGCGGGGAGGAUCGUGUUUGCUGGGCGAGUAACAGCAGCCGCAAGGUCUGGAGCGAUGGGUGCGAAGGAGAGUGCCCGGAAUCGGGGCCGACGAUAG